AUGAAAAUGCGUAAUCUUUGGCCGCCUCUACAUAAAUGGUCUUCUGGCUCCUACAGUUUACACCGCACCGCAGUCUACUUACACAGGACUACAAUUCCCAGCGGGCUGUGCGCGAGAGGGCGGGCGAAUUCUUCUGCCGGAAGUCCGCUCUACCCCUGGGUCCCCCAACAGCUGCCAGAGCCGGAGCCACCCAGAAGCCGCGGGACCGGGGGCCGCUGGGGUCCGGACAGGGGUCGCCAUGGUAACGAGGGCGCGCCUAUGCUGGGGAUGGGCGACGGGUGGGCCCACGUGCAGGUACUCCAGGCUCGGUGCGUUACUGACAAGCCGCCCCUGCUGCGGUGCGAUGGUCUGGGCCGGGCGCGGGCUCUCGGGAUUGGGGCCGAUCAAAGGCCGGCGAAGGGGGCAAGUGGGGGUGGUUCUGGGUGCGUGUGUGUACUGGGGUUAUCGAGGCUAGGGGGGCUUUUGAAGACCAGGUGCCAGGGGAGAAGGCUGUGUGGAAGGGAGACAUUCGAGAUCCGCUUCAUCCUCAUCCAGAACCGAGCAGGCAAGACGCGCCUGGCCAAGUGGUACAUGCAGUUUGAUGAUGACGAGAAACAGAAGCUGAUCGAGGAGGUGCACGCCGUGGUCACUGUCCGAGACGCCAAACACACCAACUUUGUGGAGUUCCGGAACUUCAAGAUCAUUUACCGACGCUAUGCCGGCCUCUACUUCUGCAUCUGCGUGGACGUCAACGACAACAACCUGGCGUACCUGGAGGCCAUCCACAACUUUGUGGAGGUCUUAAAUGAAUAUUUCCACAACGUCUGUGAACUGGACCUGGUAUUCAACUUCUACAAGGUUUACACGGUCGUGGACGAGAUGUUCCUGGCCGGCGAGAUCCGUGAGACCAGCCAGACGAAGGUGCUCAAGCAGUUGCUGAUGUUGCAGUCCCUGGAGUGA